AAGUAAACUCUGCAUUUAGAGUGGCAACACUAAUACAAGUUGACAGCACACAGGUGCACCUUCUUCGCUUAUUUUGCAAAUAAAAAUAUAUUUAGUAUUUGUCAUGUUUGCGUUUCAUUAAUAAUAAUUAUUAUUGCAUAUGUACGACAACAAAGGAUUUUAAAGUUUCACUACCCGCCUUACACAUUUAAAAAAACACAAAUUGGCAGUAUGACGAGCCAAAUAAAUGGGGCGAACCAUCAGAACAAUGAAAUAAAAAUCGAUCAACCGCAGGAGUUGUGUUUUGAGAAAUGCCCUGAAAGUAGUGAGGAGAAACAAAAGCGUUUAGAGAUCGAACGUUUAUUGAAGGAGUACAAUGGCUGUAUUCCACCACAAAAGCUACAGGAGAUUGCACGAUCAGACCAUGGAUUAGUAAAUGAUGAAUUACGGCGUUUGCUGUGGCCGCAAUUGGCUGGCGUUGAUACAACACGUUUAGAACCUGCUCCCAGUCUUCAAGAUUUACAAACACAUCCAGAAUACCAACAAGUGGUACUUGAUGUUAAUAGAUCGCUUAAGCGUUUUCCUCCUGGCAUUCCAUAUGAACAACGUAUUGCAUUACAAGACCAAUUGACUGUUUUAAUAUUGCGUGUGAUAAAAAAAUACCCGAAUUUACGCUAUUAUCAAGGAUAUCACGAUGUGGCUGUUACAUUUUUGUUAGUUGUCGGUGAGGAGGUGGCAUUUGCGGUUAUGGAGGAAUUAUCAACAAACCAUUUCUCAGAAUGUAUGCAAGAAACAAUGGACGCCACACAAAAACGACUGAUGUUUAUAUGGCCGCUGGUAGAUUUAGAAAAUUCGCAUUUGUUUCAAUUUCUGCAACAAUCUGCAGUUGGGACACUUUUUGCGUUGCCUUGGUAUCUAACAUGGUUUGGACACAGUUUAAAUUCAUACAAAGAUGUAGUGCGCUUAUAUGACUAUUUUUUGGCAUCGCCAAUUUAUAUGCCAAUAUUUGUGACAGCUGCUAUUAUAUUACAUCGAGCUGAAGACAUAUUAAAGGUGGACUGUGACAUGGCCUCGGUGCACUGCCUUUUAUCUAGGCUACCCGAUGAUCUGCCAUUUGAGGAGCUUUUAAAUACUGCGAGUUUAUUAUAUGACAAAUACUCGCUGACUGUAAUUGAAAAACGUGUCGAAGAAUUAGUGCGAAAAGAAAAACUUCAAAGACAAUUGGAAGAGAAGCGAAUUCUAGAGCGAAGGAAACAGCUUGCUCGUAACGCCCGGGCUGGCAACAACAACUUGGUGCGAUGGCUUCCACAAAUACUCACACCAAAAUCAAUGAUAGUGACAACAGCUUUCUCCAUUCUGGUUGGCAUUUGUGCGUAUUACUAUAAAAAUCAGUAUCUCUCUGCUGGGGUCAGUUGAGUAAGUAUAUACCUGCAGCCUAGCCAAAAACAUGCGCUGCGGCAUGCUACAACACCACUUUGGAAUUGGAUGAUCGGCUUUUCAUUUUGAUAAAUACAUGUGUAUUAAAAAAUAAUAUUAUUAAAGUUAUAACCAUUCGUAAACGAGGUUAAAGUUAUGUUCACUACAUUACUAUAAGUUUUUCAUUGAUGCUUCUUAGUUGGUUUUAAGGAUGAUUUUUUUGUUUUACUGUAGCUAAUUUAUGUAUGUUGAUAAGAAUAUUGUUAUGAAUAAAAUUUGUUGUCCUGGAA